AUGAAGCUGUCGGUCAACCUGUUACCAAUACUAUGCCUGCUCUUAGCUAAUACUGCCAAAGCUUGUUUAACAGGGAAUUUCAAUGUUGUAAACUCAUCUUUAGAGAUAGCUAAUCCAGGAGUGGUGUGGAACCAGUUCGAAUAUGUGCAAAGGAAAGCACCUCCCGCCAUGACAAGAAACUUGAACAAACGUCAGAUAGGUGGAGGUACUUUCCAAGAACCAUUGGAUAAUUAUCUAACCUAUUAUACUAUGAAUGUAACAAUUGGUAAUCCUCUUCAAACUCUCAAUGUGUUAAUAGAUACCGGCUCGAGUGAUCUUUGGGUACCAGGAUACAACUAUGGAGGUUUUGAUCAUAGGCAAUCAUCUACUUGGAGUAAGCAAGACGACAAUUUUGCUAUUAGAUAUGUAAAAGGAUAUGCCAGGGGUAUGUGGGGAACAGAUACUAUUGAUUUCUCAUCAGGGGCCAGUAUUACGGACCAGCAAUUCGGGGUUGCUAUUGACUCGAGUGACUCCGCGAUGGGUGUUUUUGGUAUUGGUCCCAUAAACUCAGAAGCAGCAGACACGCUAUAUUACAAUAUCCCUGAAUCUCUAGUGAGGCAAGGACUUAUCUCCAAGAACAUUUACUCGAUAUAUCUUGACGAUCAAAAUAGUUUGACUGGACAUGUUCUUUUUGGUGGUAUUGACCGGGAAAAGUUUGUCCCACCGUUGCAGACAGUCCCUGUGACGUCUACAUCAACAUUGGAAGUUACUUUAAGCUCUGUUAGCGCUGGUGGUCAAAAAACCAUUUCUUCAAUUUCAGUGGUACUAGAUACGGGUACUUCACUUAUGUAUCUUCCCAAUUCCUAUGUUAAAACUAUCGCGAAGGCAUAUGGUGCUACCUACAACCAGGAACUGGAUAUGUAUACACUAAACAAGUCUUCCUACAAUAAUCUACCGGAAUCUGUAAGAUUCAAUUUUCAAGGAGUGGUGAUUCAGGUUCCUACUAAAGAAGUGAUUUGGCCCCUUACAUGGUUCACAGGGAAAAACGAGGGGGGCAAGUAUGCCUUGACUAUUAUGCCUAACACUCAAUCACUCGGAUAUAAUAUCCUAGGAGAUACAUUUUUACGAUCUGCCUAUGUUGUGUACGAUCUAGAUUACCGUGAAAUAUCCAUUGCGCCAGUACGAUACAGCCGUCUUAGCGACGUUGUGCCAGUCAUUGGCAAGUUGCCCACGAACAAUAUGGAUUCUGAUUACUAUUCAGAUUAUUCUGAAGAUGAUUAA